AUGCCAAUUUCACCUAUUACUAAUACCGAGUCGGGGUUUCAUGAUUGUACAGCUGGGGACGAGGCACUGUCCCAAGCUAUGCUACAUAUUUUGGAGAGGGUCACUGGAUUUAAAUUUAGUUCUGAAGACCGUGGGUCGGUUACGGAACGACUUCGGUCCAAUGUGGCUGAGAGGGAGCGUGAGUUUGUUGUAUUGGUUGAGAAGGCCAAGAUUGCUGAGGAGGUUAAGCGUACUGAGCACCAGAAUCGUGACAGAGGAAGGGCUAAGAGGAAUACAGAGCCUUCGAAUGUUGGGAUGUGGCCUGGGAAAAAGGCCAGAUCUAAUGAGGCCGUGAGAGUUGGGCCUACUGUUGCACCUGCUGGGGUAGCGAUUUGUCAGCUCAGUAAUAGACGCCAUCUGGAGCUUCCAUUUAGGGAGUUUUAUUUGAUUUUGGGAGUGGACUGGCUGGUUAAACACCGAGUGAGUGUGGAUUGCACUGCAAAGAGGAUUGUUAUGAGAACCGAGGAGGAUAUAGAGGUAGUCGUGAUUGGGGAACGACGAGAUUAUCUGACCAAUGUGAUAUCUGCAUUAGUGGCAGAAAGGUUAGUAAGGAAGGGUUGCAGUGUUGUUGAUUCUAGGGACUCUUCGGUUAAGGAUAUCCAAAAGGUGAGGGACUUUCCAGAUGUUUUCCCAGAGGAACUACAAGGAUUACCUCCGAAUCGUGAGGUGGAAUUUGGUAUUGAGUUGUUUCUAGGCACAGCUCUAGUGUCCGUUGCCCCUUAUCGAAUGGCACUGAACGAGCUGAUAGAACUUAAGGCUCAGGUUCAGGAGUUGUUGGAUCAUGGGUUUAUUCGUCUCGGAGUGUCUCCAUGGGGAGCACCUGAUAGCUUUGAAAAGCUUCUGAUUCAGCCUGAACUCGGUAAGGACUUCAUGGUAUACAGUAAUGCGUCCCAUGUGGGUAUGGGUUGUGUGUUGAUGCCAGACGGUAAGGUUGUUGCGUAUGCGUCUCAACAGCUCAAGAUUCAAGAGGUGAAUUAUCCAAUGCAUGAUUUGGAAUUGGCUGCAGUGAAGGAGUUAAACCUUAGGCAGCGUCGAUGGGUUGAACUGCUUAAGAAUUAUGACUACAAUAUUGAGUACCAUUUGGGUAGGGCCAAUGUGGUGGCCGAUGCGUUAAGUCAUAGGUCUAUGAUCGAUCUGAGAGCGAUAUUCGCUCGACUGAGUCUUUUUGACGAUGGGAGUCUAUUGGCAGAACUUCAAGUUAAACUGACCUGGAUCGAUCAGAUCAGGGAUAAGCAGAUGGGGGAUAAGUCUUUGGAGUUGCAUUUUCGUCAGGUAGAGGACGGUGUUAUGAUCGAUUUUGGGAUUAACAGUGAAAGGAUAUUCUGUUUCCGUGGUCAGAUUUGUGUACCUAAUGAUGAAUGUUUGAGACUGUUGAUUUUGAGGGAGCAAGUAAAGGCUGAGCAUCAUUUACCUUCGGGUUUGCUGCAGUUGGUUAAGAUACCGAUAUGGAAAUUAGAACGAGAAAUAAUGGACUUCGUUAAUGGGUUACCCCUAACACCCACUAAGAAUGAUUCUGUUUGGGUCAUCGUGGACCGAUUGACCAAGACUGCAUAUUUCAUUCCUGUGAAGAUGGACUUCGCCCUACAAAAGUUGGCCAGACUGUACAUUUCUGAGAUAGUGAGGCUACAUGGGGUACCUGUAUCGAUCAUUUCUGAUAGGGAUCCUCAUUUUAUGCCUUGGUUCUGGGGAAAACUUCAUAAGGCUCUGGGUUCGAAUUGGGAGGAGUACUUGCCUUUAGCAGAGUUCUCUUGCAACAACAACUAUCAGUCAAGUAUACAGGAGACACUAAACGAGGAUAAAGUUUGCUUGAUUCGAGAUCGUCUGAAAGUGGCUUUUGACAGACAGAAGUCCUAUGCUGAUUUGAAGAGGAAGGACAUCGAGUAUUCUGUGAGGGACACGGUUUUCCUUAAGGUCUCGCCAUGGAAGAAAGUUUUGAGACGCUGCCGCUUUGAUCCCACACACAUUGUGCCUGUGGAGAAGAUUAAGGUUGGACCGGAUCUAACGUUCGAGGAGGAGCCGGUUCAUAUCCUAAAUCACGAUGUUAAGGUUCUGCACAGGAAAUCUAUCCCUUUAGUGAAGGUACUGUGGCGGAAUCAUAGCACUGAGGAGGCCACUUCGGAGCCGGAGGAUUCGAUGCAUCAGCAGUAUCCUCACCUCUUCUGA